CCAAACACAUCCUGUCGCUCGGGGACGGACGGAUAGCGGGGAAGUAGAGGGUCGGGGUUGUGUUUGUCUCAACUGACCAUCCAUACGUAAAACGUUGUUUUCAUCACACAACAGAAGAGAAGUACAUCAAUAAAUUGACAAAAUGAUCCGCUUCAUCCUGAUCCAAAACCGCGCAGGAAAGACUCGGUUGGCCAAGUGGUACAUGCAAUUUGAUGACGACGAGAAGCAGAAACUGAUCGAAGAAGUGCAUGCCGUGGUGACAGUUCGUGAUGCCAAACACACCAACUUUGUGGAGUUCAGGAAUUUCAAGAUCAUCUACAGGAGAUAUGCUGGUCUGUAUUUCUGCAUCUGUGUGGAUGUCACGGAUAAUAACUUGGCCUACCUGGAGGGCAUCCAUAACUUUGUGGAGGUUCUGAAUGAGUACUUCCACAAUGUGUGCGAACUGGACCUGGUCUUCAACUUCUACAAGGUGUACACGGUGGUGGACGAGAUGUUCCUGGCCGGGGAGAUCCGGGAGACCAGCCAGACCAAGGUGCUGAAGCAGCUCCUCAUGCUGCAGUCCCUCGAGUAGACGUCCAGAGCCGGCCGACCAACCCCGCUCACAUGUCCGCGUCCGCGGUGAUGGGACGUCCCACUCACACACACACACACACACACACACGACGUGUGGCGUGCGAAGUGGUAUCUCAUCACCUGAACCCAACUUUACCUAGUUUGACAUUCUAUGGAGCAGGCUGUUUAGUCUUGCUAAAUGUGUGUUUGUGUGUGUGUCGGUGUGUGUCGGUGUGUGUGAAAGAGAGUGAGAGAGAAUGUGUGUACAUUUAGGGGCUGUGCUGCAAAGAUAAAGACCACAACUGGACCUCAGGCCUUCUCAGUGCUGACUCUGAGGCUUGGGCAAUUUUCAGGACACCUAAUGCAGUGUGUGGGUGGGCAUCUUUGCUGCAUAGCACUUAGCUGAUCUAAACUGAUGUGGUGAAGUGUGUGUGUGUGUGUGUGUGUGUUUCCAUUCAUCUCCUUUUGUUCAUUAGAAGCCCACCCUCUGCGGUUGCCAGAUAUUCAUCCACAUGCAUUUCCUUGUUUUGAAUCAUUCUCAUGACCCCAAAAAAAACACAUUUCUGUUGUCAACACUACCAUAGAGUUACCAAGCAACCCCAUGGGUGUCGACUGCCAGUAAUCUGCUCUCAGCCCAAAUCCCAAAUCUUCGGUGUCUUAUAUGCAAACGCAGCCUUUUCUGAGGUCAGUAUUACACUGUAACCUUGUGCUACAAUUAUAGCAAAGGUUACCGGCCGGGAAGAAAUCUUUUUUUUUUUUUUUUUUAAGUCACAUUUCUGUGUUUGGUCGGAUUGGUUCAGCAUCAACCAAUAUGGUUUUGGUUUUAAUGGAGGGAAAUGUCGCUCUACUACCAGUAGACACAUCGGGCACAUGAGAAUUGGGGUGGGACGGUAAAACCAGAGGUUUGGGCACUAUUUUUUACGAGGGUGAAAUCAUAUAACCUGGAGGCUGAGCAGUUCGGUGCUGCAAGACACUAUUUUACUCUACUACAAAUAUCACAAUGUCAAUAUGUGGCCAUAGACCUGCCACGCGGUUCAUGAUAACCACCGUUUUGACAAGAACAGUAACGUUAGUAAAUGACUAGAAAAAAUACCAGUGGUCUAUUGUGCUCCAUGAUUAUUGCAGUACUGUGAAGGUAUUAUUUUUGUUGUCUGUUUUUCUUGUUUUUUUGUUUUUGUAUUGCGUGUGUGUAGUAUGCGUGCUACUGAUGGUGUGAGUGACGUAUGAAAUAAGAGACCGUUACGGCGCUGUUGAGCUCUGUAACCCCCUCACCAUUCCAAGCCUAUCUAGUCCGUCUGCUUCGUCCCCUCAGUCCAUUCAACAGGAAAACCCGCUCUUAGAUUGGCCAGUGUCCUGUUAGUUCACCCACAGUUAAUUGUGGACUUCCAAGCCCAGACUUCUAGAGUCUACAGAAGCAAGCACUGGGCAGAGAAAUAAUUGCCAUGUUUUUUUUUUUCUUUACACGGUAGAUCUGUGUGCUUUGGACAAAACUACCCACACACACACACAUAGGCUGCCUGAGUCUGUUUUGAGCUGUAGCACUUAUGUCAUCAAAUGUCGCUGUGGAAACCGCAUAUACAGCAGGUUCAUUAGUAACUACAAGCAAACCUGUUGCGCUUAGGAAAAACUAGCUAAUUAUGAUGAUCCUGAUUGGGCUGCGAUUGAGACUACAGGUCUCAAUAACAAACAUAUAAAAACCUACACAUAAUGCAAAAUCUUCUGGGUUGUGCUACAAAGCUACUGGCUUUUCGAAGUAAGAAGAUCUUAAGUGAUCUCAAAAGAAACGUUACUUCUGAAACAUAAGUUGCUUGCUGCAGUGUUUUUAUAAAACAUUUUUUUAAGGAGAUCAGCAGUUUGUCCCUGGUUAGGUUUCCUGGGUAAGCCCGUGUGCUUGUGUGUAGUCCACCCCUCUGCCGGUGUGUAGCUGUUACCACCUGACCCCAUCGUGGCGCGCAGCUGCAGUGAGGAGUAAAAUCCGAGACGUCGGUGGGCCAGAAGACGCAACCACUGGGGCUCAUUAGCGGAGUUUUGUCCACAGCACUUCAGGAUGCUGCCAUUGCCACCAUGGCAACAGUCUCUGGCCUGGGGUUUACUCGCAUCAUCAUCAUCAGAGCUGGUUUUUCUCAAAGUUACUGGCACGACACCGGUCCUCAGUUUUAUAAAAGCGUAUGUGAUCAGUUGAUUCUUUCUUGUAUUGUUGUUUUUUUUAUGCAUCAUUGUCCCCAUCUAUUAUGCAUUGUGCUGGUGUUUUAAUGGUCAACUUGUGCACAGAGUGAACAUUUGAGUGUCUGUUGUGUUGUUGCCACUGGCAUCCCUAUCUAUGUACAUAUAUAUUCAAAAACAGAUGAAGUACUUAAAAGAAAUAAAAUGUAACGUGUCAGUAA